AUGUGGACAGCAGACAACAAUACAAAGUAUUUGAAGAAUGUGUUUACAGGACUAAGCCCGAACCUCUGGAACCCAGCAUCAGCAGGGGGCCUCUCUAAACCUACACUGAGAGCAGUGCCAGGAAAUGUGGUAGCCACUGGGAACCAGGUGACAUUCUUCUGUGAAGGGCCCUCAGAGGCCAAAGAAUAUCGUCUCUACAAAGUAGGAAGUCAAGACUACCUGAUACCAACAGCCCUUCUAGAAACUGAGAAUAAUGCCAAGUUUUCUAUCUCUUUGGUUCAAUGGAACAAUGCAGGCCAAUAUUGGUGUUCUUAUACAAGCACCAAUGGCUCAUUAGAAAACAGUGACACUCUAGAGCUGGUGGUGACAGGAGUUUACGUCAGCAAUGUUGCUCUGUCAGCCAUUCCCAGCCCUGUGGUGACUUCAGGAGGGCGAGUUACCCUUCAGUGUGAGUCACAAAAGCCAUAUAAUAUGUUCAUUCUAAUGAAGGAUGGUGAGAAGUUCUCGAGUCCUGAACCCUCACAGAAAAUAUACUCUGACAUAUUUAGAGCCACGUUCUUGGUGGAUCCGGUGACCCCCAACAAGAGGUGGAAGUUCACAUGUUAUGGUUAUUUUUUCAGCAGCCCUCAGCUGUGGUCGGUGCCCAGUAACCAGUUGGAGCUCCUGGUAUCAGGUACCCUUGACAAGCCCACCAUAUGGGCUGAGCCAGGCUCUGUGAUCAACUCAGGGAGUUAUGUUACCAUCUGGUGUAAGGCAACACUACCAACCCUAAUCUAUGUGAUAUAUAAAGAGGGAAGCCCAGAUCCUCGGGACCAAAAGAACCAAAUAGUCUACAAUUGUAAUGCACAACUCACCAUUUCAUCUAUGAAAGAAUUGAAUGCAGGGAGAUAUCACUGCUACUCUUACACCUCUGCUGGAUGGACAGAACGCAGUAACACCUUAGAGAUGGUGGUGACAGGAGUCUACAACAAACCCAUACUGUUGCCACUGCAAGACCCUGUUGUGACUGUAGGAAUGACUGUGACACUCUCUUGUACCUCAAAUCAUUCAUACAACUGGUUCAUUUUAACUAAGGAUGAUCAGAAGUUCUUGCGCAGUGAGCGUUCACAAGAUAAAAACACUGGGUUAUUUUUUGCCAAGUUCCGAGUGAAACCAACAGCCUUCGGCCAAAGGUGGAGGUUCAGAUGCUAUGGCUCUUACAGAAGUAAUCCUCAGGUGUGGUCAGAAGGGAGUGACCUUUUGGAACUUCUGAUCUCAGGGAAACUUAAGAAACCCACUUUGAGGGCUGAGCCGGGAUCUGUGAUUGCCUUAGGGAAUAGUGUGAUCAUCUCGUGUGAGGGGACCAAAGGAAAGCAACCAAUGUAUUUCCUCUAUAAAGAAGGAAGCCCAGCACCCUGGGACAGUCAAACUCCAAAAGAUCCUAGUAACAAGGCCAUGUUCUCAAUAGCAUCCAUGGAAAAACAUCAUGCAGGAAAAUAUCGCUGUUACUCUUACAACUAUUCUGGUUGGACAGAGCACAGUGAUACCCUGGAGCUGGUGGUGACAGGACUGUCAAAGAAGCCCUCCCUGCUGACCCAAAAAGGCCCUGUCCUUACCCCUGGAGAGAACCUGAUCCUCAAGUGUUCCUCUGAGAUAAGUUAUGACAGAUUUGCUCUGUUUAAGAUGGGGGAAAGUGGCCUCACCCAGGUCUCUGUCCAUCAGUCUCAGGAUGGACAUUUUCAUGCCAAUUUCACCUUAGGCUUUGUGAAUUCCUCCAUUGGUGGUCAAUAUAGAUGCCUUGGUGCAUGCAGUUCCUCCUCUGAGUGGUCAGCCCCCAGUGACCCUUUGGAAAUCCUGAUCACAGGGUACCCUGCUGUUACACCAAAUCUCUCUGUGUAUCCAGACACUACUGUUUCCUUAGGAGGGACUGUGACCCUGCAGUGUCAAUCAUCAGUCCCCGUGGAUACUUUCCUUCUGUUCAAGGAAGGUGCAGCCCAUCCCUAUUUGCAUCAAAAAUCACAGUUUCAAGAUUUACAAAAUCAGGCAGAAUUCUCCAUGAGUGCUGUGACCUCAGCUCUUGGGGGUUCCUAUGUAUGCUUUGGUUCCCAAAGCUCAUCCCCUUACCUGUUGUCACACCCCAGUGUCUCUGUGGAGAUCAUAGUUUCAGGACCGGCAAGGUACCAAAAGGUUGUGAUUGGCAUUUCUGUGGCCUUCUUUCUACUGCUCCUCUUCCUCACCGUCUUCCUUAUCCUCAGAUUCAGGCAUCAGAACAAAGACAGGAAGGGAGUCCAGACAGAGACACAUUUGCAACAUCAUGCAGAUUCGGUGACCAGGGACAAAAGCCACCAGAAGAGCUCCAAGCCAGCUCCUGCCAUCCAGGAAGAAGUCUUGUGUGAGAGGAAAAGGGCCUGGGAGGGAGAUAUCUGA